AUGCCGGCUGCCGGCAGUACACAUUCGCAGAAUGUACCAUUAAUUAAGAUUUGGUGUGCUGUUCAUCGGUCAAAUCUUGCAUGGAAAGAUGUAAGUUCUACCGUAGUAGAAGUAUCUCAUAUCGUAAGUAAGUUAUCAGGAAUUUCUGCUUUUUUCCACAACUCAGCACUUCGAACUAGAGAACUACAACAACUGUCUAAGGAAAAUAAUUUACAGCUUUUAAGGAUACCAAAAUUUUUUCAAGUGCGAUGGACAGAAUUUUCUUUUAGUCUAGUUAACGCAAUAUUAAUUUCAUGGAAAGCUCUGGUUAUUUAUAUGCAAAAUUCUAAAGAGAAAGAAUCCAACGAAUUUUUAUUAUUAUUAACAAAUAAGGACACUAUUUUUUUAUUAGCAUUUUUGGCAGAUGUAUUGGCCAUUUUUAGUCGCUAUCAACAAACUAUUCAAAGUGAUAAAAUAACGGUUUUGGAUCUUGUUAAACAUACUGAGUCAGUUAUAAACAAAAUUAAAUCAUUGAGUUCAAUUAAUUUAGUUGGUGGUUGGGUAGAUGUACUCGAAGAUGAACAUAAAGGUACCGACGGAAAAGUUCUAAAAGAUAUAAAAUUAAUUGAUUUCCAAGAAAAACUAAAACAUAGGCAUAAUUUGUAUGUAACUGAAAAUAGAUCUGUAAGUGCUAUAUGCCAUUAA